AUGUCCUCUGUUCUCGUGAUCCACAAGAGCGCUGCUGCACGUUGCUAUGGCAACCUACGGGAACGCUCUUAUGGGAUCGCAAGAACAGAGGACAUGCUUCUGCUGGAUGUGGAGAUUCCUGGCCCCCGCUUCACUGGGCAACCAUACUGUGCCACUGGACCACCAG